AUGGAGGAUAUCGUGGAGCUGCUCAAACAGCCACUCGCGUUCACCUCCGUAACGCUAGGGAAGAAAGCACAGCAACCGGACGUCGACCGACUACAUAAGACACACGCUCAGAUUAUUCAGGAAUAUCGGAAGAUGGAGCCUGGCUUGGCUUUUCUGCCAUUGGAUUUCUCAGUGGGCCGCUGGGGUCCCGAGGAGGUCGCUUCCUUCAAGGAGCCGAUGCGGCAGGUCGUGGCGGCCAUUCUUCUUUUGCUUGAAUUCCACAUCGGUCGGAUUCAUGGUGAAGUACGCACUGAAGACAUCCUUCGCGAACAUGCCGAGCAGACAAAGAACGGGGAUAUCACGGACGAAAAGCAGCCCCGUAAGGUUGGAGCCCAACAGCUGUCCCAACUCGUGGAGCUGCUAGAAGGGUUGCGCAGCUCAGGUAACCAGCAGCUGCCCCAGGAGAUCGUGGAUGAACUGGUCCACACGAGCGCAAUGGCGAUCGACGCAUGUCUCGAGGGAUUAACUGCGACCAGGGAGUGCAUCCAUAUGGUCAAUUGCCGACGAUGGGUGAGGCGAGCGCCCCCCACAGAACGCGAGGAUCUGUACCAGCGAAGUCGGACAGCACUCGAGAAUCUCCGCAAGGCUCACAGCGGCUUUCUUCGCGACAUGACCGAGCUCUUGAUCGGUCAUUUUGCACCUACAACAAAUGGUGAAUCCCGUGACCAGCGCAAGAUAGGGGCCCUCGUGGUUGGGAUGGUCUUCGAAGAACACGUCUGCAUUACAAUCACUCGCACACAGGCCCUCCUUGAUCGCGUAUCGACUGCUUUCCACGACUCGAAAGGAACCAAGCUAUGGUGGCCAACUAGUCUUCGAUACGCCGCCUCCUGGGCAUUUCGGAAGAAAGCGAAGGCACCAACAACAACGACGGUCGUGGAAGACGAUCCGGACGAGGCAGAGGACCUGACCAAGGCGGCUCAAGAAAAGCUCCGGAUCAGUCGUGGAUAUCGACCUAAGAACCGCAGCCCCUUGGGACGAGCCAUCCUAGGAACAUAUCACUGGUUUACUUCGAACGAGGGCCUCUUCGCCUUACGCAUGGUCGUUGUUACAAUCGCCCUCGGUAUCCCCGGUGUCAUCCCUCAUACCGCUGGGUUCUACUAUCGGGAGAAAGGCCUUUGGGGGUUGAUCAUGGCUCAGACCGGUUUGCUUGUCUACAUGUCUGAGUUUACCUUCUCGACUCUCGGCCGACUGGUCGGGACAGUUGCUGGAGGUGUUUUAGGGCUUUUGGCAUGGUAUAUCGGAUCGGCCAAUGGCCCUGGCAAUCCCUAUGGACUAUCGGCUGUUAUGGCCGUGAUGCUUGCAAUUCUGAUGUGGAUCCGAUUGUAUCUCCCUCCGAAUUUGGUGCAAGGAGGAAUUAUGGGCGGUGCCACUUUUAUGCUGGUAGUGGCAUAUAGCUACGAUGAUACACACAUUCCAUCGUACGGUAACCCUGGAGUCGGCUAUACGGUGUUUUGGCGUCGGCUACUUCUCGUGCUCAUCGGCGUUGGCGCCGCGACUAUUGUCCAGUUGUUUCCCCGUCCGCCAUCAGCCGCGCGGCAUAUCUGCAAGACCCUAUCCCACACCGUACGAACUCUGUCCGACCACUACGCAUUGCUGUUGUCGUGCUGGGGACGCUCCCGCCACGAUGGGCGCGUACUCGCCGAGCCCAUCUCCCUUCAGUUGACUGAAGGCUUGGUGAUGCUCGACGGCCCCAUCGACAUGCUACGAUUCGAUUUCUCUAGUUCCCGCUUUGACAGCGAAAGUCUGGGCCGCGUGAAGCGCCUCUGUCAUAUCAUGAACCGUACUCUGGGGCAGCUUUUGCUGUUGUCCGGCACCCUCCCGAACGAGUUUCAACAUCGACUGGCGCAACAAACCGCCCUGUUGGAUCACCAAUGCAUCGGCGAGAUCAUGGCUGUCCUGGGGAUGUGCGAACAGGCACUGAAGACUGGCGAUGCGUUGCCUGAGAUUCUUCCCACACCACUUGUCCGCCGGGCCUUUGACUACUGGCAGUCUCAUCCGGCGGAGAUUGACUUCUCUCCUGAAACCGUGAGAGAUGAGAAUUACCGUCGUUUCUGCGUGGCCUUGAGCGCGUAUCUUAAAUUCUUGGGCACAAUCGAUGAGUUAGUGUUGGUUAUUAAAGGGGUCUUGGACUAUACAGGCUCUCGAGUGAGAGUAUAA